UCUGUAGGUUACCGUGGAUACCUCUGACCUCCCUGACCCGUGACGUUGAGACCCCUCUGACCUCUGACCUCGCUGGUCUGAGAUCAGCUCACUUGUCCACGCCCAACAGAGUAAAGGAUGAUGGGAAGAAGAAGUGACCGUGGAGGAGGCUCGUCUAUCUGAGUGCAACGCCGAUAGAGGAGGAGAAGAAGAGUCAGAUAGGAAGCAGCCAAUCAGAGUGAACUUCAGAGACCGGAGGGCGGGUCCUUAUCUGAUUGGCUGAUGGGCUACAGAACAGCGUGUGAGUGUGUGUGAAUGGAUCCGUGUUACCAUGACAUUACCAUGGUGACAUCACUCGGAGCCAACAUGGCCGACGCAGCAUGAACUCUGUUGCUGCUCAUUACUGAUGCCGUGCAUCGAGCUUCACUUCCUGUUUAGUACCUGUUUACCAAGGCAUGCUGGGAAUCCACUGCAGCCACAGAGGACCUCAGAAAACCAGUACAGACCAGCAGGACCCAGAACAGGUCUAAUGUUUUGUAAUCAGAGGUAAAUUAUUUUAGUGCAGAUUGUUAAACAGCAAUUUAAUGUUUGGACUAUAUUUCACAUUACUAGUAACAGACUGACGAUGGUCCUGAUUCAGCUGCAGGUGCGCCUGCCGCUCAGCUGCAGGUGCGCCUGUCGCUCAGCUGUCGCUCAGCUGCGGGUGCGCCUGCCGCUCAGCUGCGGGUGCGCCUGCCGCUCAGCUGCGGGUGCGCCUGCCGCUCAGCUGCGGGUGCGCCUGCCGCUCAGCUGCGGGUACGCCUGCCGCUCAGCUGCGGGUGCGCCUGCCGCUCAGCUGCAGGUGCGCCUGUCGCUCAGCUGUCGCUCAGCUGCGGGUGCGCCUGUCGCUCAGCUGCGGGUGCGCCUGCCGCUCAGCUGCGGGUGCGCCUGCCGCUCAGCUGCGGGUGCGCCUGCCGCUCAGCUGCGGGUGCGCCUGCCGCUCAGCUGCGGGUGCGCCUGCCGCUCAGCUGCGGGUGCGCCUGUCGCUCAGCUGCGGGUGCGCCUGUCGCUCAGCUGUCGCUCAGCUGCGGGUGCGCCUGUCGCUCAGCUGUCGCUCAGCUGCGGGUGCGCCUGUCGCUCAGCUGUCGCUCAGCUGCAGGUACGCCUGUCGCUCAGCUGCAGGUACGCCUGUCGCUCAGCUGCAGGUACGCCUGUCGCUCAGCUGCAGGUACGCCUGUCGCUCAGCUGCAGGUACGCCUGUCGCUCAGCUGCAGGUACGCCUGUCGCUCAGCUGCAGGUACGCCUGUCGCUCAGCUGCAGGUACGCCUGUUGCUCAGCUGUCGCUCAGCUGUCGCUCAGCUGCAGGUACGCCUGUCGCUCAGCUGUCGCUCAGCUGCAGGUGCGCCUGUCGCUCAGCUGUCGCUCAGCUGUCGCUCAGCUGUCGCUCAGCUGUCGCUCAGCUGCAGGUGCGCCUGUUGCUCAGCUGUCGCUCAGCUGUCGCUCAGCUGCAGGUGCGCCUGUCGCUCAGCUGCAGGUGCGCCUGUUGCUCAGCUGUCGCUCAGCUGUCGCUCAGCUGCAGGUACGCCUGUCGCUCAGCUGCAGGUGCGCCUGUUGCUCAGCUGUCGCUCAGCUGUCGCUCAGCUGCAGGUACGCCUGUCGCUCAGCUGUCGCUCAGCUGCAGGUGCGCCUGUCGCUCAGCUGUCGCUCAGCUGCAGGUACGCCUGUCGCUCAGCUGCAGGUGCGCCUGUCGCUCAGCUGUCGCUCAGCUGCAGGUACGCCUGUCGCUCAGCUGUCGCUCAGCUGCAGGUGCGCCUGUCGCUCAGCUGCAGGUGCGCCUGUCGCUCAGCUGUCGCUCAGCUGCAGGUACGCCUGUCGCUCAGCUGUCGCUCAGCUGCAGGUGCGCCUGUCGCUCAGCUGUCGCUCAGCUGCAGGUACGCCUGUCGCUCAGCUGCAGGUGCGCCUGUCGCUCAGCUGUCGCUCAGCUGCAGGUACGCCUGUCGCUCAGCUGUCGCUCAGCUGCAGGUGCGCCUGUCGCUCAGCUGUCGCUCAGCUGCAGGUGCGCCUGUCGCUCAGCUGUCGCUCAGCUGUCGCUCAGCUGCAGGUGCGCCUGUCGCUCAGCUGUCGCUCAGCUGCAGGUGCGCCUGUCGCUCAGCUGUCGCUCAGCUGCAGGUGCGCCUGUCGCUCAGCUGUCGCUCAGCUGCAGGUGCGCCUGUCGCUCAGCUGCCGCUCAGCUGCAGGUGCGCCUGUCGCUCAGCUGUCGCUCAGCUGUCGCUCACUGAGUGUAAACAGUCACCUGUCAGAACUAGUUUGUAACCUGUUGGAUUUAGAGGGACGUUAUAUCAGGGUUACUUCAGCACAGCGGUGAGACGGGUGAGACGGUGUCAGUGAGAGGAAAGACGAGUGGUUCCACCCCAGAGUGGAUUAUAGUUUAGUUUUAUUGCUGAAGAAAGUUCCAUUUUUCUUUGAUGCAGUGGCCCCUCGAGGAAAGUUUUAUAGAAUGUCUCUUCUGUCAGUAAAGUUAGGGUGAACCUGUGGCCCCUGAGGGCCUCUGAGGCUCCUGAGGGCUGACGUCAGAUUAACAGAUCGGGGACGACCUGAGGAAAAUCUGAAUAAACUCAAGUAAAGAAAUAAAUUUUAAAAACAGAUGAAUGGCUCAUGGUCCAGGUCUGAUUAGAGACCAGUAGAGACCAGUAGGGACCAGGUCCUGGCGGUCUGGUGAGUUCCUCUGUGGCUGAAGGUUUUCAGUGUGGACAGAAUCCAUCAGUCAUUUUGAUUCAUUUGCACAGUUUGAAUGUUAAAGUGUGAAAAUAAAAAAUAUAAAGAAAA